GGGGCCCUAAUUCCCUCUCUAUUUCCCAUUUCCUCCUCCACCAAACUUAAUACUUAAUAUCAGUGGAGCCAUCCAUCUCCAUCUCCAUCUCCAUCUCCAUCUCCAUCUCCAUCUCCAUCCAGUUCCCUAAACCCUAAUUAAUCUCGUCCUCCAUUUACACCAUUUCAUACCCCAAUUCAAUUCUCUUCAAAUCAAAUACAUUCUAAAGGAAAAACUAAAAAGGCCUCUUGCCCUUUCUUUUCUUUUUACUCUCCAAGUUUUAAUCUUCUUUCUCUUUUAUUUUCUUACUAUUAUAAAACUAAAAAAGAAUCACAUAUCACUUUCUCUCUCUCUUAUUAGUUAUUGCUUUUUUUCUUCUUAUUUACUUAUAUUUUCUGGAAUUUGGGUCUUUCCAAACUUUCAAUUUCAGAGAAUGAGAAUGGUAUCACUAUCCACCAUCACCAUGGUUUCAUAUUUUCUUCUUCAACCUUUAAUUGCAGAAAUAAGUGACCUUUUCCCUUUGACAAAGUGAUUCUUCUCUUCUGCAUACUAAUCUCCAUAGGGAUGAUGCCAAAACUCUCUGCUACUGCUAGGGCAUGAAAAUCCUUCAUUCCUUUCUUUCCCACUCCUCCAUCACUGCUGCUGAUCGAUUGUUUUAUUAGACUCAGCAAUUGUGAAAGUGGGCAAUUUUGGGCUUCUCCUAUUAUCUUCUUUCUUGCAUAUGUUCAUUUCUCAAAUGUAAUUCUGUAAUGGUCUGCAUUUUCCCUGACCGCAUUUAGUUGAGUUGGGAGGUUCAAUUUGUUUGGAUAUUUGCACGCGGCUUACUUCUUUUUAUAUACGAUUUCCCUUGUCUCUAUGUUCUGCUACCACUGUUGAAUGUAUGCAUCUGCAAUGGGAUCAUCUUAUCUUUCUCUCUGUGCAAUAACUUCAGUGGGAUUUGAUACGGUGAAUUUUCGUUUCUAAGAGGCCUUCAUUCUUUUCUCAUAGUCAUUGGAGAGCUGAAAGAUGGACAGGACAAGACUGGAUUUAACUUUUCAUCAUUCGGUAUCAACACAAUCAGAGGAAUCUGCCUUGGACUUGGAAAGGAACUAUUGCAGUCAUCUUCAUUUGCCUUCAUCAAGUCCAUCACCCAGCCAAUGUUUUGCUCCGGGUAGUCAGCUGUCUGAGACCAAUGCUGCUUAUUUUUCAUGGCCCACUUCCAGCCGUUUAAAUGACGCUGCAGAAGAUAGAGCAAACUAUUUUGGGAACCUUCAGAAAGGGGUACUUCCUGAAAUUCUGGGCCGGCUGCCCACUGGGCAGCGAGCUACUACUUUGCUUGAGCUAAUGACCAUAAGGGCAUUCCAUAGCAAGAUCUUGCGUCGUUUUAGCCUGGGAACUGCAAUAGGAUUCCGAAUCCAGAAGGGUAUGUUGACAGAUAUCCCUGCUAUUAUUGUCUUUGUUGCACGCAAAGUUCACAGGCAGUGGCUCAGUGAUGUUCAAUGUCUACCUGCUGCACUUGAGGGACCUGGAGGUAUAUGGUGCGAUGUUGACGUUGUGGAAUUCUCUUAUUAUGGUGCUCCAGCAGCUACACCUAAAGAAGAAGUAUACACAGAGCUUGUUGAUGGCCUGAGGGGAAGCGAUCCAACUGUUGGUUCCGGUUCCCAGGUUGCUAGCCAAGAAACUUAUGGGACUUUGGGUGCAAUUGUAAAAAGCCGGACAGGAACCCGGCAAGUUGGUUUCCUUACAAACCGGCAUGUUGCAGUUGAUUUAGACUACCCUAGUCAGAAAAUGUUUCAUCCCUUGCCUCCCAGCCUUGGACCUGGUGUAUACCUGGGUGCUGUGGAGAGAGCAACGUCGUUCAUCACAGAUGAUGUCUGGUAUGGCAUCUUUGCUGGAACGAAUCCAGAAACAUUUGUGCGAGCUGAUGGAGCGUUCAUUCCAUUUGCUGAAGAUUUUAACAUGAAUAACGUCGUUACAUUUGUAAAAGGGGUUGGUGAGAUUGGUGAUGUCAACAAAAUAGACCUGCAAUCCCCAAUCAACAGUCUUAUUGGACGAAAGGUGAUCAAGGUUGGAAGAAGUUCAGGUUUGACCAGAGGGACUAUAAUGGCAUAUGCCCUUGAGUAUAACGACGUAAAGGGGAUUUGUUUCUUCACUGAUUUUCUUGUUGUUGGAGAUGACCAACAGACGUUUGACCUUGAAGGUGACAGUGGAAGCCUUAUUCUUUUAACUGGUCAGGAUGAGGAAAAGCCACGUCCAGUUGGGAUUAUUUGGGGAGGAACAGCUAAUCGAGGUCGACUGAAAUUGAAAGUUGGUCAGCCACCAGAGAAUUGGACCAGUGGAGUUGAUCUUGGACGCCUUCUUGAUCUCCUUGAGCUUGAUCUUAUUACUACAAAUGAUGGUUUACAAGCUGCAGUGCAUGAACAAAGGAAUAAUUCAGUUGGAGGGAUUGAUUCUACUGUUGCGGAGUCCUGUCUUGAUCGGAUGCCAUUAAAAUAUAGACUUAAAGAGAACUCUGAGCCGCUUGGUUUCAGUGUCCAGCAAAUUUCUCCUGAAGGUGAAUCCUCUCAGGGGAUGAUCUCACCUUUUAAGCAUGCUGGCUUUCACAUAGAAAAUGGAUAUGAGGUGACUCCGAGCGUCGAACUCCAAUUCAUACCAAGAUUAACCAGCAACUCUCCACUGCAUCAGAAGAACAAAGAAAACCAAGAGUUGAAAAAUCUGUCGGCCCUGAGGACUGGCUAUGAUAGUGAGGUAUCCGUUUCACUGCAGUUGGGUGAGCAUGAGCCAGAAGCAAAGAGAAGGAAGCAGUUGGAUUGUCUUUCUAGUAUCAAAGAGUCAUCUUCAUGAGUGAGAAAUAAGAUUAUAGAUUCAAUUCGGUACUGAAAAUUGAAAUAAGUUUAACUGGUUAUAUCUCCGUAUUGGGUUCGGAUCAUUUUGCCACCUAUUUAGCUGUAAAAACUGGGACUGCCAUAUUAUAAAGAUUGAAGCCUCAAGGUGAGAGAGUUGCCAUUCUUUUAAAUGUUCUGUGCAGUGAAAGGUUUGAGGUUAGUUUUCAUUUCAUACAACAUAUUGUGGAAGAAGGGUAUCUAUGCCGGUCCACAGCAUCUCACUUCCAAUUUACCUGGACCAACUAGGCUGGUGAAGUCCUUGUACCGUAGCUACUUUCUGAGGGGAGAAAAGUUCACAUAUAUAUAUAUAAAGUUAUAUAAAGUUAUAAGAAGCAAAAAUGAAAAAUGUUACAAUAUAUUUGGAACCCAAUAAAAGAGUCCCCUUUUCGACAA